CGCGCGGCGGCCACACUGGUGUCGCAGCGGUCACGCCGGGCGGGACUCGACGCCGCCGGCCGGCCCGAUACCGCCGAGUCAUCGCGGAGCGGACCACCCACGCACAGCAGCCCCCGCGCGGUGACCGUGUCGAGUGUGGGACGAGCGGCCAUCGGACGACGCGCCGGCGACCGGACCGCACACAGGACCGACCAUGUCGCGGGAGCAGGCCGUGCCGGACGUGCAGCUCUUCCAAGGCACGGUCGCACACGCGACGGCAGCCUGCGCGGCCGAGGUGCUGCCGGACGCUGUUUUGGUGGUGGAGCGCGGCCGCGUCACGCACCUGGGGCCGGCCAGCGGACUGACGGCGCAGCUACGCCGGCUCGACGCCGGUGCCGAGGCUGUGGUGCAGCUGUCACCGCACCAGCUGCUGCUGCCCGGCCUGGUGGACGCGCAUAUCCACCCCUGCCAGUACCCGAACGCCGGGCUGGCGCUUGACCUGCCGCUGCUCGACUGGCUGCAGCGCUACACGUACCCGACAGAGGCACGCUUCCAGGACGAGGCGUUUGCCAGCACCGUGUACGCCGCCGUCGUGGACCGGACGCUGCGCAACGGCACCACGUGCGCGUCCUACUUCGCCAGCAUCCACCGGCCGGCCACCGAGCGGCUGGCCGAGCUGUGCCGCGAGCGCGGCCAGCGCGCGCUGGUCGGCAAGACGUGCAUGGACCAGCAGGCGCCGACCAACUACUGCGAGACAACCGACCAGAGCCUGCAGGAGGCGACGGCGUUCGCGCGCGGCCAGCUGGCGCGCCGCUGCCCGCUCGUGUUGCCUUCCGUCACGCCGCGCUUCGCCAUCACGUGCAGCGAGCGGCUGCUGGCCGGCCUCGGCCAGCUGGCCGCCGAGCACGGCCUGCACGUGCAGACGCACGUGAACGAGACGCGCAACGAGGUGGCCAUGGUGCGCCGGCUGUUUCCGGAGGCCGCCAGCUACACGGACGUGUACCGGCGCGCCGGCCUGCUCGGUCCGCGCACUGUGCUGGCGCACUGCGUGCAUCCCGGCGACGACGAGCUGACGCUGCUGCGCGACAGCGGCACGGGCGUGGCGCACUGCGCCAACUCCAACGCCAGCCUGCGCUCGGGUCUGUGCGACGUGCGUCGACUGGAGACGGCCGGCGUGCAAGUCGGCCUCGGCACGGACAUGUCCGGCGGCUAUCACCCGUCCGUGCUGGACGCCAUCCGCACCACCCUGCACACCUCCAACGUGCACGCCAUCUACCGGGACGACUACCAGCCGCUGACAUUCCGCGACGGCCUCCGGCUGGCGACGCUAGGCGGCGCCGCUGCGCUCGGCCUGGCCGACUCCAUCGGCAACUUCGAGCCGGGCAAGCAGUUCGACGCGAUGCUGGUCAGUCUCGGCGGCGACGACUCGGACGUGGACCUGCUGACACCGCACUCGCCCGACGAGCUGCUGCAGAAGUUCAUCUACCUGGGCGACAGCCGCGACAUUGCCAAGGUCUACGUGGCCGGCAGGGAGGUCCACUCGCGGACCGCGUGAGGCGACGCCACAAUCAACUCCGUGCCGCCCACAGAUGUCACACGGAGGCCCAGAAACGCGUCAGCGAUGCGGUCGGUGCUCGCCUGUCGCCACGCGUAGGCCGCGAGUCAUCCUGUCCGUUAAUGUAGAACGGGAAAGCAUUGCACACGGCGUUUUUCAGAGCUGAACUCUGCGUGCAGCACUGCGCUUAUGGAUGUGGAUGACUUGGUAUGUGUAUAUUUCUGGAUGCACGUGCUUAUGUGUUUGGCAAAUCAUAAGUUCACGCGGGCAUGGUGGCCUAAUGCAAGGUCGAAAUGGUGGCAGGAGCAAUGCAAUAGGUUAAAAGGCAUUUACACUUUAGACUGAAUUUACUUUUUAGAACAUCAGCUGGCUUGUGCUUAGUAAACAAACAUUUCAUGCUCUG